AGUCUGUGGUCUAUUUAUUUUUGGAACUGGAAGUCCGUGAAAAUCGAGGAUUUUACGUUUUUAAUUUAGAACAUGGUGCUAGAAAAUAAAUAAAAUGUCAACCGAAAAUUGCUUGGUGAAAGCAAUUUAUUCUUUCAAGGGAAAAAAUAACGACGAGCUAUGUUUCAAAAAAGGCGACAUUAUAACUGUUACCCAAAAAGAAGAAGGUGGAUGGUGGGAGGGAACUUUAGGCGAGACUACUGGCUGGUUCCCAAGCAACUAUGUGACUGAACAUAAAGAUCCAUCAGGUAGUGUGACAACAUCCCCUAUAAGGGCAGCAUCAGAAAUACAGGCAUUCAGAAAUGUAGUCCUCAAAGAUAUAAUAGACUCUGAGAAGGCUCAUGUGGCUGAAAUGCAGGGACUUGUCAGCAAUUUCUUACAGCCUUUGGAGAAAAGCGACAUGCUAACAAGAGAUGAAUUCAAGCAGUUGACAGGCAAUAUAAAUGAGGUGCUUCAAGUUCAUGAGCAAUUUCUGGCAUUAUUAGAUGAAUGUGCAACAAAGACUGGGCCUGAUCAAAGAGUAGGCGGUCUGUUUUUACAAUGGGCACCAAAAAUUAAGAGUGUGCACCAAACUUAUUGUGCUGGCCAUCCAAAGGCAGUUUGUAUUCUUGACAAAUACAAGGAAGAGCUGAAUACAUGGAUGGAAGAAGCUGGCGCUGUUUGUCCUGGGGUGCUUGUAUUGACAGCUGGCUUGUCAAAGCCAUUCCGGAGGUUGGGGAAAUAUCCAGCAAUGCUGCAGGAGCUGGCAAGGCAUGUCCAUGAGGCACACCCAGAUAGGGGUGACACCCAUCGGGCAUCUGUUGUGUACAAGGAUAUAGCUAGUGGCUGUGCGGCAUUACGACGUCAAAAAGAGUUAGAGCUCCAAGUGGUUACUGGCGAGGUUCGCGGCUGGCCGGGAGGUGAACUGGCGUCUCUUGGGGAUGUGUUGCAUAUGGGCAGUGUAGCUGUAGGCCCCUCACAUCAAGAUCGCUAUCUUGUGCUCUUCCCUUCAGCAUUACUCUUACUUUCUGUUAGCAAGAGAGUAUCUGCAUUUGUGUAUGAAGGUUGUCUUCCACUAACUGGCAUCACAGUCUCUAAAUUAGAUGAUACAGAUACCAGAAAGAAUGCAUUUGAAAUAGGCGGACCAAUGAUAGACACGAUUGUAGCAGUGUGUCAAACAAGGGCUGAAGCUGACAACUGGGUCAGUCUGUUACAAAAACACUCCAACACCAGCAGUCCUGCUCAUGAGCCUGGACAACCGCAAUCUCUGCCACAUAUGGCCAUGAGCGACAGCAAUAACUCUGAUUUAUCGUCUGGUCUAACAAACCAUAAAAGAUCACAUUCAUUCAACAAUCAUCAAAGCUACACACAACAUAUGCAACAAACGCAAAAAAAUAAACAAAAGAAUCAGUCGGCGCGCUGGCUCUUAAAUUCGUGUGACUCUCUUGACCAAUCACCUGCUAAGUCAAAUAAAAGUCCUAUCGGCAAAAAGUUUUCAUCUGUGGAUUUCAUCGACACGGCUGGCUCAAACUACAGCAAUAAAGGAUGGAGCAUAACAUGUUUACGGCCGGCACCGCCUCUCAGACCGCAAUCAUUCACGGUUGGUUCCGACGAAAACAUUGGACCAACGCACCCUUAUGCGCCGCAUCAACGAAAGUCCAAUUCUUAUGAAGAGGACGCCCUAAUAUUAAAAGUUAUCGAGGCUUACUGCACCUCGGCGCGCUGCAGAAACGCUGUAAGUUCAGUACCCAAUAUUCCGCUGGAGAUAUUCGAGUCGACAAGGAGGAGACAUGCGAAGUCAAGAAACCGCAUAAUCAGUUGGUUCUUAGAAUGACAGAUCUGUAUUUACAUGAAACCAAAUUUUUCGCUAGUCAUACAAGUAGCGCUUGAGAAUAAUAUUUGUUCAAGUUUGCUGUUGUUGGUGUAAUGACGAUAUAUUUAUAUUAAGUAAGCACUUCGUGUAUCAGUAUGUUAAUUUAUUACAAUACUCAGUGUCUCCGUAUAUAUAUCGGUAUCUAUGCAGGCACACAUCUCUAAGUGCAUGGGCAGCAUGCUUUAAUAAUCUCUCGUUCACUAUAUUAGUUCUUGUAGAUCUGAUCGUAUAUCGUAAGUAUUAAUUUAUUCUCAAAGAUACGGUAAUAAAUUAUAGUAAUUUUAUUUAUUGUAACUUUAGUUCGUAUGAGUACAAAGUAGCUAGUCGUAGAGGUUACUUAUUUGUUUUAUUUCCGUAUCGACUAUAGUCUCGAGUAUGUGAUCUACAAUAGUCAAAUAUUUAGUAUAUUCUUCCUUACUGCCAUCACCAAAUGUAUCUUGUCACUAACAAUCGCAAGACUCUCUUCAAAGUGCGCUUGAUGUGUAUAAACAAAGGCCGGCUAUCUACCUAAUCUAAUAAGGACACUACGAAUCUCAUUCGUCUCUUGAUCUGGUAGUCUGAAUCUUUCUAUUUUGUUACAUGCGGCUGCCUUUAUAUCGCACCUGCAGUGGACUGCGGCCACUUGUCUCUCGGUAAAGUACAAUAUCACGCACCCGCUACUAACAUACCUCACUAUAACUACACUAAACUUCCGACCGUCCAGCGAAGUAACACGCCCGAAUAUUCCGGCUGUAGUAAAACGACAAAAGUAAAACGUAACAAAAGCUCCUCUGCGGCGGACGCAUAUUUGUAUCGAGGCCCGGACACGAGGAGGCUGCUGUCGGACCGAAAAUUCGACAUGAAUCGCUCUAAUCCCAAUCUGUGGGAGUGUUCCGAGGAGCGCAGACAGAAGUUGAUAUGCGGCCGGGAGCGCCGCAGCGGCUCGCACCCGAGCCUGGCGGCGCCGCUGCGCGCGGUGCUCACCGUCCCCUCGCCUUCCACCGCCUCCCGCUCCGCGCGCUCCUCCACUUGGUGUUGUGGCACCUUUGUCAAACAACUCACCAAAUCUCAUCAUUUUGAUUGACAUAAGUAGAUAAACUAGUUUUAUGCUCAAUUGUUGUUCCUACAUAUCAAUCACCCUUUCGCUGUUCGCUCGGAUUACCUCCAGAAUUUAACCACGUCUGUAAUCUCGUGACAAGUGUGAUCGUUGAAAAUCUGUUUCAUUUUCAAAUUUUACAUUUAACCAAAGCUGAUCCCAUUGACUAAUAUUAUAAUUGUUUGUUUUAUUUGAAUAAUUGCAUCCUCAUUUUCAUAGUUGCUGAUCAUUAUAUUUGUGCACUAAAUGUAAUAUAACAAAACGAGUUGCAAGCAGGGCGAAUGUCCACGUUCGCGGUACUACCAUUCGCCUUGAUUUCAAUUUAGUGCUGGUGCCAUUGACGUAGGCUUAAUGUAACGGUCGAACAAGCGUUUUUAUCAAUAUUAAAUAGAUUUUUCAUAUACAAUGCAUGUGUGCAGUAUUAUUUAGUAAUUAGAGAAAAUAAUUAAAAAAGUUGCUUGUAUAUUUUAUAAAUAUAUUUUUGUGGUGCAUUAAAUAAUUGUAGCAUAAUUUGCAUGGUUAUGCUUAUAGCAACUAGUAGAUUGUAAGGAAUUAAUAUAUUAAAUGUCUACACUCUAAGACUAUAAUCAUGAAUUGGUGAAUUCAGUAAUGGAAUGAUGCCAAGGAUACAUUUUUCUUCAUAGUUGUUUGUAUUUAUGAUUGGAAUCCAUUAAAUGCCAAAUGGUGCUUUUUAUACGCAGACAUCUAUUAAGAGUAGGAGUCAUUAAAAUUGUCGUUACUUUUUUGAAUUAUAUAUUUAUUAUCAACAUUUGUGAAUCUAUUAAAUAUGUUUGUCAAAAUAUACCUAUGAUUGGAUAUAUAUUGGCAAUAUAAACAUGAAAAUCACUGAUAUUGUUUAAAAACAACUAGAAUACAUACUACUACUAAACUCAUCUUUUGUACUUUUACAAUCUUUACAGCUGAUUUUAUAUAAAAAUGUACGAAAGAAAUAUUUAUUUUAAUGUAAUUAAGUAAUUAUAUUAGUUGUGGAGGCUAGUGCUAAUAGAGACAAGUGAGGCGAGUUAUUAGGUUGUGCGGCGGCGGCGGGCAAUCACAGUGGGCAGCAGCGGCCGCCGCGUGCCAUUCAUUUAUUAUUGAACAGGAUAGCGCAAUGCACUGCAUGCUACAUUUACAUACGGACGUUACUGUUCCAGUGCCAACUGCAGCACUGCCUACGCUUUAACCUGUUUCAUUGUGUCAUUAUCUAAUGCAAAAUGUCUCUGCCUUUUACGAAGUCUCGAAAGAAUAAUCUCAAAAAACGUUUUUCUUUAUCUUGGAAGUCAGUCCGUAGAAAUACAUGUUUUAAAUAAGUUGCAUUACACAUAUUGCGUCACCAACAAACAUAAGAACUGAUUCAGCGAUGCGCUAUUCCCACAGCCCAUUAGGGAAAAGAGCUAAAAAUAGUGGAGCUUGUCAAGCAUAUGCUGGCACUGAUUAAUUGAAGUGGAAACUGAAAAUCCACCUCACGCUUUCCCACAUAUCCAGGUCGUGUACUGAUUACAGCUGGAUUUUAAUUAAAUAUUGUAAUAGGGAUUUUAAGAUCGUGUCGUAGCUACUGAAAAUAUAUUCAUUUCAAGAAUCCACAUAUUCGUGGAUCUUUAAUUUUUAAUGUAUUUUUUUUUUUUAUUAAUGGAGUCUAUAGUAUUACAUAAUCACUGUUUGAAUUAGUAAUUUUCAUGCAUAUAGUGAUUUUCUCCGUGCGAUAGUCACUUAAAGUUGCAAAGCUUGACAUUGCACAGCUUUCACUAUAAGGCGAGAUCAUUGACACGAAGUUAUCGAUUUAUUGUUGGACGCGCAAAAUGUACAAUGCCUGCUAUGUGCCUAGGUAGCUGUUCUGAGCUGACUUCAUUAAGUAUACUCUUUGAUGGCGGGUACCUGAAUGAAUUACCCUUUGUAUUUAUUCAGCAUGUAAUUGGCGAACCAAAAAUAUGAGCUUUGUUUGUUGAACGGUGUGUUUGUCUGCUAUCGUUUCUCUUCUACGUUAUUAUUAAUUUGGUGCAAUAGAAGAGGUCGAUAACUUGUAAUGGUUGUAUAUUUUGUUAAGUUUUAAACAACUAUUAAUCGAUUUCAGUAUUUACGUUUCAUAGAAGUCUAUAUAAUGUAAAAAUGGUGUAUCUUUAUAUUAAGUAUUUGUUUGUAGUAUAUUAUUAACAACGUAGCGAGUAGUGUUAUUUGUGUAAUUAUGUAUUUACAACUAUUAUUACUAACAAAUCGAUGCCUUUUACGAACUGGAUAUAAUCCAUUAAUUUCUUCAUUAUAUAUGUUGUGUUGUCAAAUACUGUACCAUAUAAACGAAAAUACCUGUAUUGCAUAUACACAGAUAAGAUAUAUGUAUGUUGUUAUAAUAAAUUAAUAUUAUUGUAUAUGUAUUCGUUGCUUUUGUACCCAUUAUUUGAGGGGAAUAUCUAGCAUACAUGUACCUAUAACACACAAUUGAUAUUAUUGAAAGAUUUACAUUCUGAAUGUUUGUGUAAUCGUCAUAAGAAUUAUAUUGUACAACUUGUUCCUCGUCUAGUCUUAAUGUUUCUCAUAUUCUUACCUUGAAUUAAAUAUGUUGAUUCCACUUUUUAAUAACGAAAGCACUAGUGUAAUAUUUACAUACAUGGAUGAGGUAUAAGUUAAUUGAAAAUAUUCAUUUAUCCUAUAUGUAUAACGACUCUAAUAAUCUUUAUAUGUUAACGAAAUUGUGUGGUACAAUAUUAUAUUUAUUUUUCUAUUGAA